AUGUCUUCUUCGACCACUUAUGAAUCCACUUAUAUUGAAGUCACACCAGAUAAGCACGGUGCCUUUGUGAUCAUUGCCAGCUUAGUUGGGCUGAUCUGGAGCGUGUUUAUCAUUGGAAUUCGAGUUUAUUUACGAAUGCGUCUGACUCCCCCUUUCGGUUGGGAUGAUCUAGCUGCUAUCUUUGGUACAAUUGUUGGUGUGAUUCAAACUUCGGUCACACUCGAUGCGGUCAAUCAUGGUAUUGGCACGCGUGAGACCUUAUUGACAUCCAGUGAGGCGGACAUCGCCUUGAAGAGGCUAUAUGUGUCUUGGCUUCUCUAUCCGGUCGCCGUGUGUUCUUCGAAAGUCUCCAUCGCGCUCCUCAUUGCGCGUCUCACGAGAACCAAAUAUCAUCUCUGGGCAAGCUAUGCACUUACAACACUGAGCUUGCUCUGGGGCAUAAUCUCAAUAUUUCUUAUUGCCUUUCAAUGCAGCACGCCUCAACCGUGGAAUAUUGCAGCUACUACUCAGUGUAGCACCAUGUUUGCUCAAUGGGCGGUGGUAGAAUCUGUGAACAUGGCAAUUGAGUUGCUCAUCCCGUGCCUGAUAAUUGCUAUGAUCUGGUCGCUUCACAUGCCUCUCGGGACCAAGAUUACAGUGGUCCUAGCCUUUUCUCUACAGCUGCUGUACGUUAUCCUCCUCAUCCACUACGUGACCUUAAAAACUCACCAUAUCCGAUCCCCUAGAGUCGUCUUUCCUACAAUCAUCCGAAUCCUCUUCCUUCAACAAACCACAACAACCCCAGCCUCUCGAACAGACCACACCUUCACCCUCACCAACUCCACCCUGAUCACCGAAGUCGUCAUGCACUUUUCCCUCAUAGCAGCCACCUUCCCCUGUCUUCGCAAAUUCCUGCAAGCCUUCGAUAUGCACAUGGGCGCCACCACCAAUCUAACCAGUGAAGGAGAUACUGGAUCGAGCAGCAUUGCGUUGAAGUCGUUGGAAAGAUCGCCCAACCCGGAGAUCUAUCGAGCGAUGCCCCCGGCCCCUGGAAUGGGCACCGUGACUGUCGUGUCUACCGUCUCCCAAAAGAGCCAGGACUCUCGUGGCGAUGUGACGCCCGCUGAGCGGAGGAGCGAGGAAAGCGAUGGCAGUCAACGAGUGAUGAUCCGGAAAACGCAGCGAUGGGAGGUUGUGUCGUCUACACACUAA